AUGGUUGCUUCGUUUUCUCCUUUGAGUGAUCUUGGCUGUUCUUGUUCGGGGUCCAUGGAUUCAGAAAGUCAUUCACUGUCGAAAGUCUUGAAAGAUUUUGCACUGCUAAUUUCAGUGGAAUGGCAGGUAAGAAUUCUAGUACUCAUUAGCAUGCUGCUGCAGCUUGUUCUGGUAGUUCUUGGUCCGCUCAGAUAUAAUAAUUCAAGUGGAAUCUUUCGUUUUGUUCUAUGGGGAGCUUAUAUUUCUGCAGAUGCUGUGGCCAUAUCCACACUUACGACCAUGAUGCACAACGGUGGGAGUGCGAUAUAUGGAAUAUGGGCUCCAGUCUUGCUGCUUCAUUUGGGAGGACCAGAUGCCAUAAAUGCUUAUUCCAUGGCCGAUAAUGAGCUAUGGUUGAGACAUGCAUUCAACAUGGUUUAUCAAGUUUCCGUGGCAGUGUAUGUUGUGUAUUCAUCUGCAUUGGAAGGCCACGCAUUGGCUUCCGCUAUUCUUCUACUGGUUGCAGGAGCCGUAAAGUAUGGAGAAAGGAUCCUUGCUUUGUGGCUUGGUACCUAUUCUCAAAUUGUUAAGUCAUGCCUGCCAAUUUACAAAUUUAUGAAGGAGGGGAAUGUUGUACGACUUAGCGGGUACGUCGUUAUGGGAGAGAAGCAAGUGCAGAAAAUGAUCGAGAAAGAGGGAGGAGCACCUUCAAAAGAAAAAGGAGAUAUAGAGCCAGGCACAGAGGCGUCUUCGCUGGAAGGAAAAGGGAUAGUAACUACUAAUGACGUCAAAGAUCACACUGGUAUUAAUGAGGAGGACUACAAUCUCUGCCUUUCCCAUGCGUUGUUCAAAAUGUACAAGCGGAGGUUCGCAAAUUUGCGUUUUGAAGAAGGGAUUCGGGAGGAGACAGAAGAGUUGUGGGUUAAUAAUCUUGGUGGAGUGAAAGCAUUCAGAAUUGUAGAGAUAGAAUUGAAAUUCAUGUACGAUGCAAUUUUCUCCAAGUGGAGAACCGCAGCGUUCAGUAAGUGGGGUGUUGUAGUACGUCUUCUCAACACCACUCUCAUGGGAAUCGCGGGGUUUCUGAUAUUGAAAGAAAGAGAAUACAGAGAAGCCCAGCGGUUGGUGACAUACGUUGUGAUUUCAGUUGCGCUUGUGGUGGAGGUGUUUCAGUUGUGCCGCAUUAUGAUAUCAGACUGGGCCAGGGUCAACUUAAUAUGCGCUCGUAUUGACGAAAUCAAGUGGUGUAGAAACUGCAGAAUGAAGGUAUUAGAGAUUGCUGUGCUUGUGCUAGGCAAGGUACAGAAUGUGGCUGGAGGAGAUACGUACAGGAGCACCGGAAUUCAACAACACUGUUUGAUGGAGACUUGCCUUAAUAGUUCUCCUUGCGUAUGGUGGAUAGCUGGAUUCUUACCAAAAGACAAUUUUGUUGUAAACGGAUACAUCAAAGCAAUGCACAUCCACAAAGUCUCUCUCCAAGAGGAGCUCAAAGUCUUCAUUUUUGAUAUCCUUAAAAAGAAAAUUUCUGAUCUUAAGGGUAGACGUGAAAUACAAAGAAUUAUUCUCUUAGGAAUUAUAAGGACUUGCACGGAACUCAACGAUCACUGUGACAAUCUUGAAGAGAUCAUUCUGAUAUUGCAUGUGGCCACCGCGAUUUGCGACAUGAAGAGAGUAUCGCUAGGAGAGGAGGAGAACAAGAAUGUACGUUUGAGCAGAAUACUGUCGAGGUACUGUGCAUAUCUCCUGCUGUCACGUCCCAAUCUUUUGCCGCUCCACCCGGAUAUGGCGAGGCUUACAUACUUGGAACUUGUGGAACGUCUUCUGAAGAUACAGAAAAGCACAAUGGGAGUUUUGGGCAAACAUUCUCAUCCUCAAUCUAUUGAAAAGGUAAGCGUGGAAGCCAAAACUGUACUAGCCGCAGCCACUAACCUAGCACGCAGAAUGCUCGACCAAAACGAAGACGAAAGGUGGAAGUCAUUGGCCGAGUGCUGGAGUGGGUUGGUGUUAUACAUGGGGUGCUACAAUAAGGCAACAUUUCAUGCAGAGUGCCUAGCCACUGGUGGGGAAUUUCUGAGUCAAGUGUGGGUUUUACUGGGUCAUUUGGGAUGCGGAGAACAGUCUGAUUCCGCUAUGAAGGUGAAGGCUGAGGUGCCGAAGGGCGUCUAUUGA